UCGUGGUUUGUACGGAUGUACAGUAUGUGGGAGGGGGUAGCUGCUUAGCAAACGUCCAGUGAUGUGAAGAACGAGACAGACUGGAGGCCGGUCUCAAGCGUACAUCUGUCGGCCCGUCGGUGGUCACUCGGUCGGUCUAUCGCGAUGGAUUUCGUGCUGAGCGGAGUGGCGGCAUGCGGCGCUUGUGUGUUCACCAACCCGCUGGAGGUCGUCAAAACUCGCAUGCAACUUCAGGGAGAGCUAAAGAGCCGCGGAUCCUACCAUGUGUAUUAUCGCAACGUCUUCCACGCUUUUUAUACUAUCGGCAAAGUGGAAGGACUAGUGGGAUUACAGAAAGGAUUAGUACCCGGGCUAUGCUAUCAGUUUUUUAUGAAUGGAGUCAGGCUCGGGUCGUACGCCAUCAUAGAGUCCUCGGGUUACAUCCACACCAAUGGAAGGGUCAACGCUGUCAAAACCACAGUAGCAGGGGCUAUGGCUGGAGUGGUGGGAGCUGUGAUGGGCAGCCCCAUAUACUUGGUGAAGACUCACCUGCAGAGUCAGGCCACCUCCUCUAUCGCUGUUGGUCAUCAGUACAAGCACCAGGGGAUGACCCACGCCCUGGUUGCCAUCUACAGAAAUCAUGGCAUUCUGGGACUGUGGAGGGGCUCUAGCGCUGCAGUGCCGAGGGUCAGCGUGGGGUCGGCCGCUCAGCUGUCCACCUUCUCCUCCUCCAAGGAGCUCGUCAUUGACCUGCAGGUGUUUCCAGUGAACAGCUGGCUGGUGGCCCUCAGCGCCGGCAUGAUCAGUAGUGUGGUGGUGGUGCUGGCUAUGACUCCUUUUGAUGUGGUGAGCACGCGGCUCUACAACCAGCCCGUGGAUCAUUUGGGCAAGGGUCAGCUCUAUAAAGGAUUUACUGACUGCUUUUCCAAAACCCUGAAGAAGGAGGGAUUGACGGGGCUUUACAAAGGCCUGGGAGCGUCUUAUUUCCGACUCGGUCCACACACCAUUCUUUCGUUGUUUUUCUGGGAUGAACUGCGCAAAUUCUACCAGCCGUUCAGAUAACACCCGGGACAAAGACACUGGAAAAUGGGUAACUCAUUAUGUUCUUAGUGCAGAAGGUUAAAUGAAUCGUCGUUUAAUGAGUUUAUGAUUAUCCGGUGGAUGGAAACACCUGAAGGUGUUCUAGAGCAAAGGUAAUGUUUUACACUCCAGUUAAAAAAACACUUUAGAGUCAAAUGUGUCAAGAAUGAAGGUGAAAAUGUUAAAUUAUUGAGCUGCUGAAGGAUAUAUUAACUGCACUUGUCACAUAGAACCAUACAGUAUGCUGUAUGUCCUCCAGAGGAAAUUCAACACUGUACCUUUUCUCUAGCUCUUAAACUCCUGCGUACUGAGGAUACGAGGUCAAUGUCCUAUUUUUAUUCUGUGUGACUGGGAAUUAGGAAAAUCUGAUCGUGAUACAAAUUCCCUGCAGCAGCAUUGUGCUUAAUCAUUUUGGCCUUUAGCAAUUUCCGUCAAGCAACUUUGCCUUUGACUCAUUAAAGCCAAUGAGAACCAGUUGAAAACCAGUUGAAAACCAGCUGACUCACCAGUGAGUCAGCUGGUUGCAAAACCAAAACUUCUUUAAACUUUUUUUAGGUCUAUGUGGAGUUUCCUAAACUUUCUAAAGACUGCAAACAUGCCAGGCUCAAGUUUUGUGAACUGUAUAUAAUUGAGCUUUGAGUUUGAGUAGGUCAAAUGCAUCCUAGAAUAUAGUUACUGUCAAACAGUAUGUGGAGAAAAAUGUUUCCCAGCCUUACAAAAGGAUAAAUAUGUAACGUGGUUAAAGGCAACUCUAGGACAAAGGCUUUGUUUCAAAAUGACUUCUGCAGUAGACAGAUUUCCUCUUUAGGUGAAGAAAGAAAACUCCACUAACAUGAAAUAUUUUAGGCCUCAUAAACCAAAGCGAGUAUCCAGUGGAUCUGUCAAAAAAAAAAGGAUGUGAAAGCCAAUGCUCUCCCUAAGCAUGUGGUACUGUAUAAUAGCAGGAGCCGUUACUCUUAAUAUACACAUCAAAGCGGCUCCCUCCAUUAAAUUAGACAAACAACAAUAACAACAAAAAAAACUGCACAUUUUUCAUUGCCAUACAUGACACAUUUCAUAAAAAGUAUUGUGUUUAAACACUGAUGGAGACUGGCCCCUUUUUUCUAAAUGUAAAUGGAUUUAUUGGAGUUUUAUUCUAUAACUGCACUGGUACAUUUGUUGAGUGUGCAAGCGCGGGUUAAAGUAUUUCACUGUCAUAUUAAUUUAUUUGUGACGUUGACAAAACAUUCAAUUAAUUAUUGCCCAUGAGUUAGAAACCUUACUGCUGCUCUGCUAAAAUGUCUUGGUUAAUAAGCAAAAAUCUGUUGGUGAAGCUAGUUGGUGAAUAGUGUGCCUUAAUAAACCUUUAGGAAUAAAAGCGGUCUAUUUUAAUAUGUUACAGACGUGACGUUUAUCAGCUCGUCCACUGACUCCAUCUGCUUGAGUUUUGGUUCUAUGAAGUGUUCAUAAUUGAGCCCAACAGUCAGAUUGCCAUGAAAUGGAAACUGUUGGUAACAUUUUGAAGUUCCACAAAACUUUGUGGAUUUUGAUGCUUUCUUAAUAAGUGUAGGAUGCCCAUGAUUUUAUUUAUAUGAGCAUUAUUAGUUAUUCCCGACCACCUUUGAAUGCAACAGCACAAUGUGACAUGUAACAAAUGUACUGUAGCUCUACGAAUAGAGUUCCCUGAAGUUUGUGACAGAAGGCAGGAAACUGUUAUUUAAGUUUAUUAAAUAUUAUGAAGUUUUGAACUUCAAAAGAA